AUGAGGAUAGAUUUAGAUUUAAUAAGAAAAAAAAGUGAACACAAUGAAGGUCUAAUUGAAGAAUUAGAAGAAAUAGCUUUACAUCAAUUACAAAUUAGGAAAAUAGAAUUUAUAAAUAUUCAUUGUAAAAAUUUAAAAAUAUUAUUGCUACAAAGUAACUUAAUAGAAAAAAUUGAAAAUUUAAACCAGUUGAAAAAAUUAGAAUAUUUAAAUUUAGCUUUGAAUAACAUCACAGUUAUUGAAAAUUUAGAAAAAUGUGAAUCAUUAAGGAAGCUUGAUUUAACACUAAAUUUUAUUGACAUUUUAACAAUAGAAAAAUCUAUAAAUAAUUUAAAAAACAAUGAAAACUUAAAAGAAUUAUAUUUAAUGGGUAACCCUUGUUCUACUUGGAAAUAUUUGAAAUUUUUUAUUAUAUUUAAAUUACAACAUCUAGAAGUGUUAGAUGGUUGUGAUAUAUUGAUGUCUGAUAGAAUAAAGUCAAAACAAAUUUUUAGAAAUGUUUUAGAAUCACUAAAAGAAGAAAUGAGGAUAUAUAAUUUGAAAGAAAAAGAUAGUUUUGAUACUAUUAAUAAUAGAAAAAUUAUAUAUGAAGAAAUAGAAAAAGAAAAUGAACUUGAAAAAAAAAAAAAUGAAAAUAAUAAAAAUGAUAAAAAAGAAAUUUUACCAGUUUAUACUGAUGAAGGAGAAAUCCGUCAAUGUAAUGAAGGUCAUUACAAAUUCGUUUUUGAUGAAUAUUCAAAUAAAAAAUUUACAUUAUUAAGAUUGUUUUUACCAAAAUAUCUAUGUAAUUCUUUAAUUAAUAUAGAUAUAAAUGUAAAUUAUGUCAGAUGUGUAAUUAAAAACAAAUUGUUCCAAAUAAAAUUAAAUGAUCCUAUUUUAACAGAUUUUACGAAAAUUUUCAGAAAAAAACAUACUGGAGAAUUACAUGUAAAAAUGAGAAAAAAAAAUUAUAAAAAAAAUAAAAUUAUUGAUAAUGAAUAUUUCAAAGAAGAUAAUUUAAAUAUAUUUGGUGAGAAAUGCAAAAAUCGUUCAUACUCUUCCUCUUCUUCUUCCUCUUCUUCUUCUUCUUCUUCUGUUUCUUCCUCUAAUGCCUUUUUUAAAAAUGAAUCUUCUUUUAAAGAAAUUAAAAAAAGGAACUUAGUUAAUUCAAAUUUAAUUCUUCAUAAUAAAAAUGUAGAUACUUUUUUUUUAGAAGAAAAGCAAACAAAAUAUUUAUCACCAGAUUUUAAUCAAAUGCCUUCUCUAGAAAAAAUAUCUAAAAUACAUUCUUAA